UUAUUUAUUAACAAUAUUAGAAAAAUUUUUAGUAAUAAUGAUUUUGCGUAUUGAUAUAUACAACUUGUAUAUCCUUGGCCCAUGGUGGAACACAUUUUUAAUGUGUGAUAGCACGAGCAUAAAGGCACAAUCAAAGGAAUAGGGAACAGGCAAUAGAGAACAAAAAUUCAAUCAAAAACCAUGAACUGUAAAAUAUACAAUUUCUGAUAAGCUUAUUUUGAAAUUCUUAUUCUCUGUUCCUUAUUUCUUCGUGUACAGUUCCUGAAGCCUUAAAGCGAUAGGAGAGAGAGAGAGAGAGAGAGAGAGAGAGAGAGAGAGAGAGACAGUAGGGAAUAAAAGAUUUUACCCUAUCAGAAACUAUAUAUACUAGAAUGCGUGAUUUCUGAUAGGUUGAAAUCUAUUAUUCUCUGUUCUCCUAUUCCCUAUGCUAUUCAUUGUGUUCAAGGCUUAAUUCCUUGCAGCUAUGAUGGAAUUUCAUUUGGUUUGUUCGGCUUACACUUUUUACACUUAAAAUGAGAUAGAUAUAUGUACAAUAUUUGGCACUGAAAAGAGAGAAAGCAAAGAUGUUAAGUGUAAAAAGUGUAAGCAAGUCGAACAGACACAUGGCACAUGCUUGCAGCUUGCAGCAUUUUGAUUUUGAUACAACGCGGAUUUCUUAACCUGUAAAGUCAUUAACUUAACAAUUAAUAUCUCGCUUUGCAGAGCAGAGCAGUAAGGAUCAUUUAUACUGGCCAUAAUCUAUUCUUUCGUUUUCCACAAAAACGCAUCAAAUAAGCAUAAUUUUAUUAAGCAUUAUUGGAGCUGAAGAAAAUUAAACUAAACAAUUACGAAAUGAGUUUCAACAAAAUUAAAGAAGUUAUAGAAGAUGGAGAUAUUGUUAUCUUAUAUUUAAAUCCAAACAACAUGCAUCCUCUGGAAGUAAAAGCGAAAAUUUCCAAUAAAAAGGGCAAAAUCAUAGACAAUGUAUUCAAUACUGCAUAUGGUACACUAAGAGUCAUAUCACUCAUUGGACAAAAGUAUGGUUCAAAAGUCGAGUUGACUCGAGGCUGGGCAUAUGUAUUGCAGCCAACGUCAGAACUUUGGACACUGAUACUACCUCAUAGAACUCAAAUUAUUUAUAGUCCAGAUAUAAGUUUUAUUAUACAUUUAAUGGAACUUAGACCAGGAAGUAUAGUAAUUGAAACAGGUACUGGUAGCGGCUCUUUAUCUCAUGCAUUAAUUCGAGUGAUACGUCCAAGUGGCCAUUUGUAUACCUUCGAUUUUCAUGAACAACGUGUAUCUAUUGCUAGCACAGAAUUUAAAAAACAUGGUUUGAGUGAUUUUGUAACUUUGAAAGAAAAAGACGUUUGCUUAGAAGGAUUUGGAGAAGAAUUAAAACAUAAAGUCGAUGCAGUGUUUCUAGAUCUUCCACAUCCAUGGUUAGCUGUAGAGCAUGCUACAGUUGCUCUAAAAAAAGCAGGUGGAAAACUUUGUUUCUUUUCUCCUUGCAUCGAACAAGUUCAACGUACUUGCAUAAAACUAAUUUGUGAAGGAUUUAUAGAAUUACAUACGUACGAAUGUUUGCAAAGAGAAAUGAAUGUUCAGUAUAAGCUUUUGCCAAUAUUAGAUUUGGAAUGUUUGAAACACAAGCACACAACUGAAGAUAUUAACAAGAACGGAAAAGAAAAACAAGAAGAAAAACUUCUUACAGUUACUCACUCUCAUUCAUUACCUGGUCAUACAGGCUUUAUUACGAUUGCUGUUCUACCCCCUAGUUAUGCACGCAAAAAAGAAAUACAUUUACAGUGUAGAAAUUCAGACAAAUGAAUAAACGAUUGAAGAAUACUAAG